GGAGGCGGGGGGAGGGUGGGAUGUGCACAUUUCGCUCGGAUGUUUACAGCCUGCUUUAAAUAGUUUUUCUUUUGCCUCCAGCGUGGAGAUAAGAUUUGCAUCUGACAUGGAAUUUGAUGGAGUGGAAAGACAUUGGAGGCGUUUUUAAAAAGCUUUUUUUUUCCAAAAUGAGGAUUUUCGUCGCUUUUGAAGGACUUUGGGAGCCCUUCGACAUUUCAUCAGAGAACACAGUGAAAGAUCUAAAACUGAUGAUAAAGGAUUAUUUUCACGUUCCUCUCUCGGAAGAUAAGCAAGGCAGGCGGUAUUUGGAGCUAAUUUAUGCAGGAGCAGUGUUAAAGGACAGCUGGAUACUUGCUGAUGUGGGCAUAUCAGUUUCUUCGACCAUCAAAUGUGUUGUUAAGGAAGAAGAUAAGCCAGUUUUCUAUGUUUACAAUGCUGUCACUCAUGAAAAAAUGCCCAUCAUGGGAAAGAUUUAUCUCCUGGGGUUAAAGGUUUCCCAGCUUAAAAGCCUGGUAACCCUGAAGUGCGGCUUUCCAAACAGCAUUUAUUGUCUCAGGACGCCAGAGGGCAGAGAGAUGUACGACUGCAAUACCUUGAGUGAUUAUCAGUUAGAUAUAGGCACAACCCUUCACCUGGAUGUUUGGGAUGGGUGGAAAGAAUUCCUGACUGGAUGUCUCUUAGGAAACAAGCCCAAGGUCCAGCGCUAUCUUUCAAAGGAAGAACCAGUGCUCAGAUAUCAAAAGAGGGUAGCUCUUUAUAUGGCAGCCUUUUUCGGGCACCUUCAGCUUUUGGCGUGGCUCCUGAAACAGGGUGUGAAACCCACUGAACCAGUUGGCAUACAUCCCUAUCGAGAGUGGUGCCACGUAAACAGCCAGCCGGAUGUCACCAAUUGUCCAGUUCAUGCAGCUGUUGAAGCAGGCCAACUCAUGGUUCUGAAAGCCUUUGUCAAUUACAGCGUCUUAUGCCUGGAAUGCCAGAACUCUGCAGGACAAACUCCCUUGCAGCUAUGCAUCCAACACAGACACAAGAACUGUGUGCUGUAUUUAGUCACCAAGUUGUGGUCAGUGGUUUCUUACCCUAAUUUCUCUCUUCCCAUGAAAAUCUACAUCAAGUUAAAACUGUGGCUGCUUAAGGCUCAAAAUAACAUCUGUACAAAGAAGCGGCGCAAGCAGACAUCAGUCUUCAGGACUAGGGUUGGGGACACCGUCCUUGUGGAUGGUUUCACAGAACCCAAAAUGACUUCCAAAAGUUUUUAUUCGGCCACAGUCAAGGGCACAGGCAGCAGACGCUAUGAACUCCCAAACAUAAACUAUCCGUUCCAGCACGGGCAGGGUGACUGGUGUUUGACGAUUUCAAAGGGGUACCUAGGGACAAAUGUCAAAUUGCCCCUGGUAGCAGAUGCAAAGAACAUUGCUAAUGCGGGCAGACUGACACAGAAAAGUAACGCCAGGAGAAAGAUUCUGCAUGUUAGCAGUGAAGAAAAUAUGGACCAAAAUAUGUGUUUAGCAAGAGUUCCUCUACCCGCUGUCUCUGUUGUCAAGCCUCUUUCUCGUUAUUCCAUCUCCAAUGCAAAAAUUCUGCUCAAUUCUUCUGUCAAGUCUUUUUCAGAACAUAGUGGAAGAUCACCAAGGGAGAAUGCAAUUUACUGCUUAGCCAUAGCCAGUGCAUUUAAAGAGAAACCUUGGCUCGAACAACUUGGCAUUGCAAGAACCCUGGCUAAAAAAAGCAUAUACAAACCUGUGCGCUUACCAGCCUCCAUUUGAAACGAGCAUUUGCUGGAGAUGAUCCAUCUUGAAAAGUUGUGUUUGGAGAUCCUGACACAUUUGCUGAUAAUUUUAAGCUGUAUUUCCCACCCCACCAAUUAGAUACAAAGAGGAUUACAUCAUGGAAUAUUAAUAAGACAGAUAUAUUCAAAAUGUAAUAUAUAAUUUGUGACUGUAUAUUUUUGGCUCUUAGUGUCAGGCACUGUAAAUUGACAGGCCUUGUAAGCAGUCAGCAUGGUACUUUACAUAAAUUCCAUCUGAGGGGAGUAGAUUGAGAGGGAAUCUUUUUUGAAAGC